GACAAUCCAAGUUUAUUUUCAUUUUUCACGGAGUACUUCUUUCUAGAAUUAAAAUUUGAAAUUUAUUUUACAAUUUACGGUAAUUAAAAAUAUUUGACAUAAAUAUGUUACGUUAGUUCGUUUUAACUUUUACGGUUCACUGCGGAAAAGAACAACCGAGUUUUAUAGUCAUCGAAAUCAAAUACCAAAGCCAGCAAGCAGCUCGUCAGAGUAAUUAUUAAAAUAUAAUAUAUUCCCUGGCCAGAAGAGUGGAGACAGAAGAAAAAAUUUAAAAAUAUUGUUUAUCCAGUACAGGAGCCUAUCGGCUAAGGAUGAAAAGUAACAAAAAUUCUGGGGCUAUUACUGAUAACUAAAAUGUCCAAAAUCAAGAUCCCAGUUAAUAAAAUAUGAUAUGUUCUGUAAUUUAAUAAUAUUGCUCUGUCAAAAAUAUGUUUUUAUAAAAAGAUUAAGGCUGGAAUCAGGUUAGUUUAUAUUGAUUGUAGAUAGGUCUAAUUGAGCUAUAGGUAAAUUUUAAUUCCAUCAUGAUAACAUUGAAUAAAAAGGUGAGGAAACAGAUACCAGAACCUACAAAUGGGAUGUCUGUUUCUAAACGAAUAUCAAUCAGAGAUAAACUUCUUGUGAAAGAAGUUCAAGAGAUGAAUGAAAACCUGCCAGCAACUUGCUCUGUUAACUUUGAAGACCCUAAUGUAUUGAGUGAGUUUGUGCUGAGUGUCACCCCUGACGAAGGCUAUUGGGAAGGAGGAACAUUUAAGUUCAGUGUUGUUGUCACAGAAGACUAUAAUAUGGCGCCACCCACUGUGAAAUGUUUGACUCGGCUCUGGCAUCCGAACAUAAAUGUUAAUGGAGAUAUUUGUCUCUCUUUACUUAGACAAACUUCUAUAGAUGAGCAUGGAUGGGCGCCUACUCGGAGACUCAAGGAUGUUGUUUGGGGCCUUAAUUCAUUAUUUACGGAUCUACUCAAUUUUGAUGAUCCUCUAAACAUAGAAGCAGCAGAGAUGUACAAGAAAGACAAGGUGGAGUUCCAUUCAAAGGUUCGGGAAUACAUCACGGACUCCAGAGGCAAGAGAUGAGACAGGGCUUGUCUCAGCUGCUGCAACAAUAACUUCUGGUAGCAGACUGCCGUGUUAACAGAUAAUACUCAGUGAUAUCUUGCAAUUGUGAUUAUCUUUUAUUUAUUGUGGUUCGAUAUUGUGGAGUUAGAAAAUUAGAUAAUUGUAAAACACAUUAAACAUGAAUCUUAACAUAAUUAGUUUAAUAGGAUUUUUAAAUUUUUUUAAUUGUAUGACUUCAAGAAAAUGUUUUAAACCUGACCUGAAUUAACUAUUCUACUUGGAUAACUAGAAAAUAAAAUUUAUGUAAAAUAAUGAUUUUGUAAAAAUCUGUUUGACACAUCACCUUAAUUUAUUUGUUGGCAAUGGUACUGAGCAGUUUAUGACAAAUAUAUUAUUAUUACAUUGCUAAA